GUGGCUGAACUCAAUUCAAAUCUAAAAAUGUCUUGAUUUGACCGCUUCUGAAAAUUUUCACGAAUUGUCGAUGUGACGCACCAAUCAUUUUGCGACAGUUUGACCUUCAAGUGCUCGCAACCCCCAUCAGUGGACGAUACCCUAGGAGCGUUGCCUUAUUAGGUUUUCGAUUCUUGCAUUAGUGCGAUGGUUUCCUACUGAUUAUGUUGGAUAAUGUAGAUUGGUCUAAAAAGGAUUCGUUUUGAAAUUUUAAAGUACACUUUGUCGCUAAAACGUAAAAGAAAAAAAUGAUUGAAAGAUGGAACGCAAAUUCUCCUGAUAUUCCCAUUGUUUUUGAAAUAAAUGAAACAGCAAAUUGGAUUAAAAGAAAUAAGUUUACUAGAGUAAUUAAAUUACAUGUUAUCUAAGUGUUUUAUAGGUUGGAUUACAAUUUCCAGAUGAACUUUUGGGUAUAUCGAUUGUUAUAUGUCGGCAGUUAAAUUCUAUUGUUACUGAUUGUCUGUGUGUUAUUCUUGGAGAUAGUUCGUUUGCAAGUUGUUGUGUUGAUGAAAUAGCUGGUCAACAUAUGAAAAUUGAUGCAUUAAUUCAUUAUGGUCGAGCAUGUUUAUCUAUAACAACUGGUUGUUUGCCUAUUUAUUAUGUAUUUGGCAAAUAUUCACCUUAUCAACUUAAUAAUGAAAUCCAAUCAUUCAAACAAAUUUCGCAUCAGUUGAUACAGAACAUUUUUGCUUAUUCAUCAGAAACUAUUACACCGUCAAUUCUUCUCAUUAUGUAUGAUUUUCGUUUUAAAGAUAUUGCUCAAUAUAUUUAUAAUGAAUUAAUAUCAAUGAGUAGUAAUGGUUCAGGUUCAUAUAAUCCUAAAUUAUUACCAAAAUUAAUAUGGUCUGAGCCAUACAUUAAUACAUUAGAUAAUUCAGUAAUAGAAGCCGACAGGAAAGAUGACAUGAAUAACCAUAAAAAUCAAUGGAUUCGUUGUGGACGAUUAUUAAUUCCUUAUCAAUUUGAUUUGGAUACUUUAAAUAGUAUCGAUAAUAAUAAUAAUAAACAUAGUUGGAUGAUGUUAUAUAUUGGACAUACAAAAGAAAGUGAUACAGAUUUAUAUUCAGUUUAUCGUAUUCUACUUUGUUUACCUGAAAUUGAUCCAUCAAAAACAAUUUUAUUUGAUCCAAUUACUUGUGAUUUAGAUUUAACUGGUUUACAAUUGAAUAGAUUAUUAAAAAGAAGAACAUAUUUAAUUGAGAAAGCAAAAGAUGCACAAUAUAUUGGAAUCUUGGUUUGUACAUUAUCUAUUAAACAUUAUCAACAUAUUAUUGAUCGUUUAAAAUUAUUAUUAAAAAAUGCAAAACGUUCAUGUAUCACAUUAAUUGUUGGUCGAUUAAAUCCAGAAAAAUUAGCUAAUUUACCUGAAUUACAAUUGUUAAUUAUAAUAGCUUGUCCUGAGACAAGUUUAUUAGAUUCAUAUAAUUUUCAUAUUCCUGUUAUAACACCAUAUGAAAUGGAAUGUGCUUUACAUUCAUGUUAUAUAAAUGAUUAUUCAUUAAAUGACGAACGUACAUGGACAGCAGAGAAAUUUUUCAUAGAUUUUCAUGAUUUAUUACCAGGUGGUCAAGCUUAUAUACCUGUGGAGAAUGUUAUUCCACAAAUAACUGAAUCAUUCGCUAUGGUUUCAUUAAUUGAUGGACAUAGUCGUUUUAUUCCAGAAAAUAAACUACAUCCUGAAGAUAAUUCUCAAUCUUUACUUGUUCAAUCAUCAGGUGAAUUAAUUGACUAUAAUCAAUGGAAUUUAUACGCUAAUCGAGUUAAUCGAACAUGGUAUGGUUUAGAUCCGAAAAUUGGUCAAACACCUAUAGCACAAAUAAAAGAUGGUCGUGUUGGUUUACCAACACAAUAUACAGAUGAAAAGAAUGUUGAAUGAUCCGAUUCAUUAUUAUUAUUAUACCCUUUGAUCUACUGAUCUAUGGACAAUUUGAUUUUGUACAUAAAAUUAUGAUAUUUGGAAUGUUUAUUAUGUUGAGAUGAUUUACUAAAAUAUUUAUUUUGUUUGCUGC